CAGAGCAGUUGUGCUGCAGGAUUGCAUGUAACUUAUGGGAAUGACAGCUUUCUGUCAGAGCUUUCUCUUUUGAGCUCACUUCCUCUAUACCUGCACUCGAGAUUUCAAUUGAGCGAAGCCCGACGCCUGACGCCCUCUUCAAUAGAAACCAUCCGAGUCUCAGAACCGAUGAAGUCGCCAUAGUAAUCCGCGCGGUCCAUUCGGAUGGUACAGAGUGGGGUCCCCAGCUGCUCUCUAAGACUCUAACCUUCUAGCACUGCCUAUCACGGAACUUGUGCCCACUUAUCGCCCGGCAUAUAGAAGUCCUCGAGUCCUUGUUUCUCAGCGAGUCAGUCUAAAAGCUAUAUUACCCCUCACCCCCCCACCAACUUCGACUUUAUAUCCAAGAUUACUUCUUUAACCUCCCUUGGGUUGUGAUUCAAGAAAAGAAAAGAACAAAACAAUGUCUUCCCCAGAGCCCCUAGUCCGCUUCUACGAUCUCUCUGGACCCAAGACUUGGUCGCCGGCCUGCUGGAGCACUCGCUAUGCGCUCAACUACAAAGGAAUUCCAUACAGCAUCACGAAGCUCUCGUACCCAGCCAUCAGGCCAACAUGCGAGAAGCUAUUCCCCGACAUGACGGGUCUAGAGGCAACCGUGCCAAUCAUUGAGAUUCUCGGGCCGAACCACAAAGCGCUCAACAACUCAACGCCCAUCGCGGAGCUCUUGAACGAGAGGUUCACGGAAGAAGCCGGGUAUAAACAUUUGAAGGGUAUUGAAGAGGUUAAGAAGUAUGAGGCAGAGACGGCAUCGCUUGGGUUAGCUUUGUUGAGGUGGGUUAUUCAAGACGUGUGGGAGAAUGCGCUGGAUCCCAAUGAUGGCUCGAGGGAGUAUUUCAAGAAGACGAGAGAAGCCGUUUUCAAUUGUGAGUUGAAAGAUGUGACGGAGCUCAGGGGAGGGGGAGAAGCGGCUGUCAUAGAGGAUAUCAAGAAGGCGUGGGCUCUGUUGAGAGACAGGAUGAAGGGGGAGGAUGGAACCGGUGAGCCAACUUACCUUGACUUCUAUGAUGCGGCUCGUGUGAAAUGGAUUGAGGCAUCAUCCACCGAGAAGCACGCGAAAUUGAUGAACUUGUACGGUGACGAUACUUUCACGAAGCUUAUGAAAAAGGUCGAGAAAUACACGAUGAUGAAGGGCAAAUUAUCCAGAGGGCUUUGA